GUACUUCCCUCCUCCUUGCACUCCCUCCCUCUACCUCCAUCGCCAUUACUCUCGAGCUCGAGCUCCACAAAGUAAGCGAGCCGAGUAGCUACCUGAGCUCCAGCUUGGAUCCAUCUCGUCGGUCGAUCGAUCGUGUAGCCGUGAUGCCGACGCCGUCGCACCUGAGCAGCAAGGACCCGCGCUACUUCGACUUCCGUGCAGCGCGGCGUGUGCCCGAGACGCACGCGUGGCCAGGGCUGCACGACCACCCGGUGGUGGACGGCGGGCACAGUGCCGGGGAGGACGCCGUGCCGGUAGUGGACAUGCGCGACCCAGGCGCGGCGGAGGCGGUGGCGCGGGCGGCGGAGCAGUGGGGCGCGUUCCUGCUGCAGGGUCACGGCGUGCCCCACGAGCUGCUGGCCCGCGUGGAGGCCAGGAUCGCGGGCAUGUUCGCGCUGCCGGCGACGGAGAAGAUGCGCGCGGUGCGGCGGCCCGGCGACUCGUGCGGCUACGGGUCGCCGCCCAUCUCCUCCUUCUUCGCCAAGUCGAUGUGGUCGGAGGGGUACACCUUCUCCCCGGCCAACCUCCGGUCCGACCUCCGCAGGCUCUGGCCCAAGCAAGGCCACGACUACCGUCUCUUCUGUGAGGUGAUGGAGGAGUUCCACGGCGAGAUGCGCGCGCUCUCCGACAGGCUGAUGGAACUGUUCCUGGCGGCGCUGGGGCUCACCGGCGAGCAGGCCGCCGCCGUGGAGGCCGAGCACAGGAUCGCCGAGACCAUGACCGCCACCAUGCACCUCAACUGGUACCCAAAGUGCCCGGACCCGAAGCGCGCGCUGGGCCUGAUCGCGCACACCGACUCGGGCUUCUUCACCUUCGUGCUGCAGAGCCUGGUGCCCGGCCUGCAGCUCUUCCGCCACGGGCCGGACAGGUGGGUCACGGUGCCGGCGGAGGCGCGCGACGCCUUCGUCGUCAACGUCGGAGACCUCUUCCAAAUCCUCACCAACGGCCGAUUCCACAGCGUCUACCACCGCGCCGUCGUCAACCGCGACAGCGACCGGAUUUCGCUCGGAUACUUCCUCGGCCCGCCUGCCGACACCAAGGUAGCACCGCUCAGGGAGGCCGGCGGCAAGCCCGCCUACCGCGCCGUCACCUGGCCCGAGUACAUGGCCGUGCGAAAGAAGGCCUUCACCACCGGCGCAUCCGCGCUCAAGAUGGUCUCCGCCUCCACCGACGACGACGACCUCUCCGACCUUAUCUCGUCGUAGACCGGCGCCGGCCAUCUCACCGGCCGGCAGAGAGGGAUCCAUCUAUAGAAACAAUUAUUAGUGAUAAUUAAAGGUAGAAAAAAAACAUGCUGGAAAUGCUGGUGGGCAGCUCGCUAGUGGAGGAGCUAGCUAGCGCGCGUGCGCUUGUCGUGUUUAAGGUUUCCUCUCCAUGUCUGCAUGUGCAUGUGCGUGCGAUGCAUGCAACUAAUUAACAACCUGUACAUAGAGCUUAUUUGCGGCAACCAAGCUAAGCUUAAUUCUGCA